AUGGGAAUCACCAACCUGCUGCCCUUCCUAAAACCGAUCGCAAAAAGCACACACAUAAGCAAGUACAAAAAUGAAGUGAUCGGUGUGGAUAUCAUGUGCUGGAUCCACAGGGGUCUCAUCAGUUGUGCAUACGACGUAGUAACAGAUAAUCACAACGACAGCUACUUAAGCUUCAUCGAAAAAAUGCUAGAAUGUAUUUAUCACUACAACAUAAAGGUAGUCUUCGUGUUCGACGGAGAGGAGUUACCAGAAAAAAAAGCAGAAAAUGUAAUCAGGAAAGAAAGGAGAGAAAAGGCAAAGAAGGAAGCACAAGAAAUUAUAAAAUCUGUGGAAAACCCAAGAUCAAACGAGGCGGUCAUCAAAAAAUGCACACAAGCUUUAAGUGUUUCCAAAGACAUGAUAAACACUGUGAUGAACUUUUGUAAAACAAAAAAUAUAGAUUAUAUUAUUUCUCCUUUUGAAGCAGAUGCUCAAUUGUCCUACCUUUGCAGGAUGGGAUAUAUUUCUUGUGCCAUAAGUGAGGACAGUGACUUGCUAGUGUAUGGCUGCCCUCGCGUCCUGUACAAAUUGAAAAGCAAUGGAGAGUGCGAUGAAAUAUCCCUGAUGCCCAUUGAUGAUCUGAUUGACAUAAAUGUUAUUAACAAAAUUAGGAAUCCCCUCUCGAAUUCGUUUAACCAGUUUUACAUGACCCCCAUGAAGGACGGUCAGAAGGAUGUAGAAGAAGAGGGGCACUCAGAUUGGGAAGACAAUAAUAUGCCCGAUUUGGUGGAACGCCACUGUGUUGAGGAAAACCAAAAUCCUGAGCAGAUAGAACAAAACUACAACAACGUGAUGAAGGACUAUAUGGACCAAUUCUACUGGCCAGAAGAAUUAGACAAGCUAAAGCAUUUCAACAUAGAUAUGUUCCUGGCCAUGUGUGUUCUAAGUGGCUGUGAUUACACAACCGAUUUUCACAUCACAGGAAUGGGAAUCAAAACUGCCUUUAAUUUAAUCAGUCAGCACAAAACUAUCGAAAACAUUUUCUCAUUUCUCAUUUCGCAUGACAAAUGGAAGCGUAAAAUACCACCCAGUUUAAACACCCUAGAAAAACUCAUGGGCAAAUAUGAAGAAAUUAAAAAUGCCUUCUUACAUCAUCAAGUGUAUGAUUUUAUUUUGUGCCAGAAUAUCCCCAUCAGCCGGUCCUUUAAUAGUGCACUAAAGGAAAGUGAAAAUAAACUCCUCAUAAAUAAAAUACGUGACAUUUCCCUCAUAUAUGACAACAGCAAGAGAACAGGAAACUGCCUCAACGUAUACUCGGAGGAUCUCUCCAGUUUUUCUAGCGGGGAGAAAAGUAGCUUACAUCCUCAUGGGAGUAACACUUCAGAGAGAUGCACCGAAAGAACUACAACAGGUGAAGAAAAGGUAGAUACCCCAAAGCAACACCACCACAAGGACAUGCUUGAAGGAAAUGUUUCUCCAGAAGCACGCAGCAAUACAUAUUCAGUUUCACCAAAACAAACUUACAUAAAAGAACAGACCUACAUAACAGACAAUAGGCCAAACGAUUUCGAACACAUUUUUAAAAAUUUAACAUCCGAGUGUUUAGAAUAUUUGGAGAUAUCCCCCGGCCGGUACAGGAAUUCUCACGAAGGUCAGAAUGAUCUGAAGGAGCAGGAGGAACCACGCCACGAGGGGGCGGGCACACACCCAUUUGACAAGGACUAUGUGGGCAGCGCUCAAGAAGAUUCCCAUGGGUCAAGCGGUUGGACAAGUGGCUGGAAAAACGAUAAGAAAAACUAUCUAUCAUGCCACCCCGGAGAGCACCCCCCAAAUGUAACACACAAACAGGAACCGUUCGAAGCAGUCACGCAGACCAUCUCACACAUAAACCCCAGAGGAACCACUCAGACGGCCAAUUUGUCUCCCCCCAUGGAAUGCACCAAAUUGAGCAAGCGUAAGGGCAACCACGAUGACUCGGUUAACUUUAAGAAAACGAAAUGGAGCGACGCAACACCCUCUCACUCAGAUGACCAAACGUGGAGGAACAUGUUGGACGGAAUGGAAUCCGAUUGCAGUAAACUCUCAAGCCAAAAGAAUCAUGGCGAGGUUCUGAAAAACACAAAGUGGAUAUCGCAGUCUGGUGACAACAGCCAAGGGGGGACUCGCCUCAAAAGACCUACUCCACACAAAUUUGACACAAGCAUUGACGAAGAUGCAACAAAGUGGAAGUCACAGAAGCAGCACAAGGAAGAAGGAAAAGAAGAAUCAGAAGAAAAGGAAGUUACCAACCCCACUGGAGAAACAAACAGAAAGAAAAGCGCAAGAGUUAUGUACCAAAAUAUGAAGAGCAGCUUCCUUCUAUACAAAACGUUGGAUGAGGAGACAAACACCCACAUGGGAUCUUCCUCGACAGAAUUGAAACAUAACUCCUCACAAGAGAAGGUGAAAUAUGCACACGUGAAGGAGAUUCAAGGGAUGUGUAAGGCAGAGCGACCUGAUGAAAAAGGGGGGACUUACGUGGAAACAGACAUUUGGGACCGGAAGGACAAAAUUAGAAGCGGUGCUCAGGGAAAACCAAUCAGCACACCGAUCGCCGACGAGACUCCCCGCGUGAAAGACCAAAUGAACGUCAAAUCGGAAAGGAGCGACCACCCCUCAGACAUUUCCUCCCCAUUCAAAAGUAAAUUCUCCGAGAUCAACGGAAAUCACAAAAGCCAAUUGCAGAUAACCAACUUUUUCAAAAAGUCGGAACGAGAAAAGCCUAACUUGGACGGCAAAAAGGAGGGUAAUAAUAACGCCUUCCCUUUUACGCGACCCAGAAUUGGUUCCCCCAGUGGAAAUGGAAAGUACUCUCUUUCAAUGAACAACUACGAACAAGUCAAUACAGAAAAGCAACGGGCGAGCUACCCAAAUGAAUUAGGCAUAUAUGAUGCAAGAAUGGAUGGGAGAAUGACCAAGUAUAAUCAUAAGUUCCCUGUACAAAGUAACACAGAACAGAAAGGAGGGGGACUUCAUUACGUGGGCCACGAGAUCCAUCACGAAGACGCCCACCAAAUAGACACCCAAGACGAAUAUGUGUUCCUGAAAAAUCUGCACAACUCCGGAUUGAUAAAAGAACCGAACAGAAAGGAGUCCCCAAAAUGUGUCAUCAGAGAUACCCAAACCUGGAACGAUCGUGUGAGCAGAAAGGAUGGCGAUUAUAAGGGCGAGGUUCCCCGCAGUGAUCACCAUAAUGAUCGCUCUGUCGACCACCCCUCCCAUCACCAUGAUCGGCCCUUCCUCGGAGACACUUGCCACGCCCAACGCUCAGCCGAGAAAAAGGAAAAGAAAAAAGAAAUUAACCUGGAGUAUAUCUUGCAGAACCUCAACUACAACUACCACCCCCGCAGCCACAAAAGCAACACCUUCGACUACUUCAAGGAGAAGGAAAACGUGCCCCCACCCAACCCCUACGUGGACAACAAUUUGUGA